AUGGAUCGAAGCAUAUUUGUAAAGAGGCCUACUGCUAGUGAGACAGAGGAUGAUAUUCUUGCUAUGCAAGCGGAAUGGGAAGCUAGAAAAGCUAAGGAAAGCAAGCCUACUGUUCAAAUUCAUCGACCGAAAGGAAAAUCAUCUGUUUCUACCAAUUCUGAAGACGUUACGAGAAAGCCACGGACUUUCAAAUCGAUAUCGUCACGAAAUUUACGGGAAGGAGGUCGGUUCUUCAUCGAUCUCGAUAAAAUAACUGAGGAAUGGUCUAAUCGGGUUCUUUUCGACGUUGAGGAACGAAACUCAGAUUGGUUGGAUUCUGAUCAUAGCGAUGAGCUCACUCGUCGAGGAUUUGAAAAGUUGCAGUAUUCCACUGAUGAAGGAUUUCCCGAAGUUCUCGAUCUCACCGCAUAUUACAAGCAGGAUGCUGAAGUGAAGAGAGUUGCUGAAGGGAAGAGCUUUUUUGCAGCGGAAUUUGAUCGCUUGCAUGGGAAAAUAGAAGAAGCCUCCCCCUUAUUGGACGACCAGGAAAAAAACAUAGAUGCAGAAGAAAAUUAUGCGACAGAAAACGAUAAAUACUUGGCUAGUCUAAAUCAGGAAGAAAUCGAUCAACUAAAGAAGGAAAUUGCUGAGAAAAUAAAUCCAGCAACCAUUGCCUUCCUAAAGAAUCGUCACAACACCAAAGCGAGUGCGAACGAAAAGAACAAAUCUACAGUUUCAAAGUUCAAAGCAUCUCGGAAGACCGGGCCUCCGCCGGACAAUCCAUCUGGGAAGAAAUUUGAAUCGCCAAAACCACAUCAAGUACCGCCGCCACCUCCACCUGUGGUUCAAGAAAUGCUUGAUCAACUUGAAGUUCUAGACGAGUUUCCUGAUCGUAGUGAACAAGAAAAGUACAAUCGGCUGGCUACGGAUGCAGUCCAACUAGACUUUGCCACAAAGUGUUUGCGUAGUGUUGCCCCACGUCAACAGAGAAACGCUGUGAAGUUGUUCGAUAAUUGUAAAAUUGCACCUAGCGGAAGCAAAGAUCCCAUCCUCGACCUUGCCCGUUCCCGUAUCGAAGAAAUAAAGGAACUAUACUUGGAGGAAAUCAAGUCAGGGAAUGAGACGUUUUUCCAAUUUGCUGCUGGCGUUAAUCCUCUUGUGGAUGGGUCCUGGACAUUGGUUCCUAUUCGACGAGUGCUUGACGCCAUACAUAAAAGAGAAAGCGAUGCUUCCGAAGAUGACAUUGACAUUGUCCGACUUGCCUUGUUAUGGACGUUGUUACUGCAUGACGAAAGACUUACGGCGUUUUUGGCUUUCGCGGAUGCCAACGAUAUUUACGUUAGAUUGGCAGAGGUGCUGCUCGUAGGACGUGACGUACUUGCCGACGACGUUAUAGCAACUUGUUAUUCUCGCCUUCUCACUGGAUAUGUUCUUAAGACAGCAUUAGACGGUCGACUGUGUUUUCGCAUGGAAUGCCGAGUAGCUGGAUUGGAUGCGUUCAUGCCUUUCUUCGAAGAUUUACUCGUGCAUUUUGAAGAGUAUUCCGUAGGAGACGUCAGCUUUACCAAAACCUUACUCAUCGGCGCAUACUUGAAUUCUGCUGCUCGUGACAGUUUGGAAUGCCGUUUCGCUAUUUGGUGUCCCAAGAAGAACACAGCUAGACAGAUUACGACCAGCAUAAGUGACGCUGCAGAUAUCUUGAGCCAUAUUCGGCGACUUUCUACCGAGCAAGCUUCUGUUUUUGAAGAACAGCACUACGUCCAGUACACUUCAUUAUUGGGCGCUUAUGCAGGAUCAAUUCGAGAUGAGAAGGUGACUCGUGACCGUAAUCCACUUAUGUUUGCCAUAGCAGCGGAAGAGCUUGGGAACUUUAUACAACGGCACACGAGACAGGAUUCUUCUGUGAACAAUAGUAAGGUGAAAGAAUUCGAUAUGUUGGUCGAAAUCAUUCGAGGGACUGUCAAGGGUAAACUUGAUCUUUGA